AUGUGCGAAGUCUGGAUCAGCCUCCCUUGUCUGCGCGCCGCCCCCAGGUGGGACGCUGUUUGGGAAAUACUCGGCAGGCAUCCGACCUACGUGAACAGGCGGCCAGACUACCGGAGGUACAGCGCCGUCCACCAGGCUGCCCUGUUCGGCGACGUGGGCGUCCUCCGCAGGCUGGUGGAGGAGUGCGGCGCCGACCCCCGCGCGCUCACCGCGGACGGCACGACGGCGCAGCACGUGGCGGCGGAGCACGGGCACGGGGAGGCCGCGGAGUUCCUCGAGCAGUGUGCCCUCGAGUACGCGAAGAAGAGGUCCAGAGCGGAGGCUGCGUGUCCAGCGGGAGCGGCGUCGAUGGAGGCCGCGAACCGCGGUGGCGGACAUCAUAGAGAAGGCUAA